CUUCAAGGUUCAAAUGGCAACAAACUUUUGCUCAUGCACAAGCUAUUCAUAGCUCCUUUCUUGGAUAUGUUUGGUUUCAACUUGCAAUUGUAGGUAUAGACCUAUCAUUUAAUUCCGACGAAUUUAUUCCGCCUACCAUGUAUUUUCCAUGGUACUUUGUGAUUCCACCAUUAAUUUCAUAUACAAUGAUAAGAGUGAUUCGUUCAAAUUCUUGCGCAGCGGUAUUUUACGUGGCUAACUUAGCUUUAGUCGCAUUUUAUAUAUAUAACAUGGAACUUUGGAUUAAUUUUGGAUUUACAAUGUUAGAAUACGCUCGGAAUCCUGUUGAAGAAAAUAUAUAUAAAGAUGGUAAAAACAGGGAUUUUAAUCCGUCUAAACUGUCUGAACAGACAGAAUCUGUUUAG